AUGCUUUUUCCAGAGAGUCUCGGUGAUGCUACCAGCGACGAUGCUGGCGUUAAAGAACUUCAGGAACUUCGCGACAAAUACGAAGGGAAAUUGACGGCGUCUCUCUACACAGGAACACUCUUUAUCGCCGCUGUCGCAUCGCUGAUCGCUCUAGGUGCUCUCUGCUUCGUCCACUACCAUAAGCUGUCCCAUGCGAUCGAUAUUGUACCCGUGUCGGCAUUGACAACCAUGCUGGUCGUCUCUUUGACAUUUUUAGUGGUCACACAAUUACCUUCGACUAUGAUAUCCAAACGGUCCAGGGUUUUAAUAGGUUUAACAUCUUCCGUUAUGAUCGGUUUAGGAAUUUUAAUAUUAAGAAAUGUCCUACUCUUGUUUGCCUGCAUUCUAUCAAUAAUCGCCAUUCUACCUAAAAUGAGAUGGCAAAUACCACUCAUCAUCGGCUGCAUUCUGGCCCUCGCGCACAUUUCGAGAAGACUUAUUUUCGACGAUCUAACAAGCUAUUACAAUAUAAUUCAGAUUAUUGUGGAGAUCAUGUUCCUGCUGGCCGCUAUCCUCGCAGGCAUGUACUACAGGAUUCUAACAAUGAUGGCUCAUCGUAAGACUUUCUCCGGCACAAAGACGGUGAUUGAGUCGCGUAUCAAGCUUGAAUGCGAGAGGGAGCAGCAGGAACAAUUAUUGCUCAGCGUUAUUCCAGCCUACAUUGCGGCAGAGGUAAAGAGAAGUAUAAUGCUGAAAAUGGCAGAUGCUUGUCAGGAAGCUAAUAAGCACAAGCAAACCACCUUUCAAGAAAUGUAUGUACAACGACAUAAUAACGUAAGCAUUCUCUACGCAGACAUUGUCAACUUUACACCGCUGUCGGAACAGCUCUCGGCUUCCGAUCUUGUGAAGACGCUUAACGAGCUCUUUGGCAGAUUCGAUCAAAUAGCACAGGACAACCAGUGCAUGAGGAUCAAAAUUUUGGGUGACUGUUACUAUUGCGUUUCCGGGCUUCCGGUUUCCCGUCCAAAUCACGCUUACAACUGUGUAAAUAUGGGGUUGCAAAUGAUUGAUGCUAUCAGGUUUGUUCGCGAGGCCACGGGCUUUAAUGUCGACAUGAGGAUAGGAAUUCACACAGGGAACGUGCUGUGCGGAGUACUCGGUCUGCGGAAAUGGCAAUUCGACGUGUGGAGUGACGACGUGACCUUGGCCAAUCACAUGGAAAGCGGUGGUCUGCCAGGGAGAGUUCACAUAACAAAGGCUACUCUACUGCAACUAGGCGAUCGGUUUGAGGUUGAGCCAGGCGAUGGAGGAUCUCGAGAAAGUUAUCUUGCUCAGCACAAAAUAGAGACCUUUCUUAUCGUGCCACCCAAAAAAAAUCGAGAUGAAAAUGGAAUGGAAAACGGUGGAAAUCGUAUACAGGGACCUGGACCGAUGCCUUCUAGGUCCAGACCCAGUAGUAAAAUGACAAAAUAUGUGGAAUGUUGGGGUGCGGAUAAGCCUUUCGCUAAUAUAGCGGAAGCAACAUUAGCGAAGAAUAUUGGCCUCACAAGUAUCGCAAUGAUCGAAUCGAAUCUAGUGACAAACAAUUCCAACUGCUUUGAUACACAACACUGGUGCGGCGGAAGUGAGGAAAUUUUACCUUUUACUUAUUGGUUCAAAGACAAGAAUCAGGAAAAGUUCUAUCGAGAGCAAAGGGAUGAGCAAUAUCUUUGGUACGUUAUGGCUUCCAAUGUGGUUUACACAAUGAUGUUCCUCAUCCAAAUCGUCUAUCUACCAAGAAGCAUUAUAGUUUACGGCUGCUUUGCAGCUGGUUUAGCGUCCCUAAUUAUAUUUGCUGCAAUUUCUUGGUUCAGUGGAAAAAUCGACUCGGAAAAUACUGAAGAAACAACGAAUCAAAUCGCACUUAGCCGUGGUAUUAGAAUAACUGUGUAUUUGAUAACGGCAACAUUAGCCAUCGCAUCAUCAGUCAUUAGUCUAGUCGAAGUUGAUUACGUUGAUGGAUGCGAUAUUAUACCAGUGUACAUAUAUUCUCCAGUGAUAGCAUUAGUAGUUGGCUGGACGCAUUUGAGGGUGGAUUUCUUGCUGAAACUAACCGUGAUGCUUCUAUCCGUUGCCAUAAUACUCGUGAUCUUCUCUCAAGCACCAGUAAUCCAACUGUAUUAUGAAGACCCUGACGCCAAGUUUUACGGCAUCCAUUAUCUACUACAAGUGGGAUAUUUACUGAUCGUAGUCAGUUUGAUUCUUCACAUUCUCGACAGACAAGUGGAAUAUACAUCUAGGAUGGAUAUUCUAUGGAAGAGUAAACUGAGAGUUGAGCAAGACGAGGUAGAGACCAUGAGAGGAAUCAACAAGAUUCUCUUAGAGAAUAUUCUUCCAGCGCAUGUGGCUGAUCACUUUUUAGCUACGAGAACUAUGCAGGAACUCUAUCAUGAAAGAUACAGUAGUAUCGCUGUAAUGUUUGCGUCAAUUCCAAAUUACAAGGAAUUUUAUGAUGAAACCGAUAUAAACAAGCAAGGCCUCGAAUGUCUGCGUCUACUUAAUGAAAUUAUUUGUGAUUUUGACAAGCUCUUACUUAAGCCAAAAUUUUCGGGGAUUGAGAAGAUCAAGACAAUAGGUAGUACCUACAUGUUAGCAUCCGGUCUGAGCCCAGGAAAAGAGGACAGUGAUAGCAAAGAUUUAUUAAAGCAGCAAGAUCAUAAUGUGAUCGUACUCGUCGAAUUUGCCAUCGCGCUUAUGACAAUCCUGGAUCAGAUCAACAGGGAUUCUUUUCAGAGGUUCAAAUUGAGAAUAGGUUUAAAUCACGGUCCCGUGAUAGCGGGCGUUGUAGGUGCCCAAAAGCCGCAAUAUGACAUUUGGGGAAAUACAGUGAACGUGGCUUCCAGGAUGGACAGUUGCGGUGAGAUGGGCAAGCUUCAAGUCACCGAGGACACUGCCAAGAUCCUCAUCGACGCCGGAUAUGAGCUUGUUUGUCGAGGACCGACGUACGUGAAGGGUAAAGGUACCCUCACCACGUAUUUCGUUAAAACACCUUUCGACGAUAAAGGGGACAGCUAUUAGCACUGAAUCACAGAUCACUGAAACGUUUUAAAUAAUCAAACUUUAUCUUGUGAUCGACAAAGAUUUUUUUUUCAUAGUAUUAUCAAAUCUUUAUGAGUCUGAGUACCUUACAAAAAAACAAAGUACGAAAAGUUGCAGAAAAUAGAAUGGUAGAAGUCAUCUAAACGGAUGAAAAAGAUGUAUUAUCAAAAACAAAGUAUGGUUUCAAAAUUUUAAUAAUCUACUUCUCUGUUAGUAUAAAAUAUUUAUUGAUAUUCACUCACAUAAAUAAAACCAGAACUUUAGGAGAAGACAUGACAUAAGAAAGUUACAUUUUUUAAUAAAAUUUGUUAAAAAAACUGGGCUAUAUCAACGUAAUCAAUAUAAUAAUAAUUUCAUUCUUUGUUACUGGUUAUGUAAUAAAGUCACUAUAAUCGACACUGUUUGCGAUAUAAAUGAAUUCAACUCUCGAUGUUCUAUUUGCAUAUAAAAGAAAGCAAAAAAAAUAGCAUAAAUAACUAUCAUUUGUGAGAAUUAAAAAUGUCAUAUAUCGAAGACAAGAUAACGGAUUUUGCAUAAGUUUUUUACAAGGUACCCCAGAAUUGUUGCAGAAAGAUUUCUAACGCCGUCUUAAUUCAACUUUUUACUUAUAACAAAUAUUCAUAAUUAGUAUACUUUUAAGGCUUCCAUGGAUAUUCUCUUUAAGAAUGCUUGUAAGAGGAAUUUACGGAUUGUCACCGUGUUUUAAUCCAUCAUUAAUACCAAUAUUUCGUGAACAUUGCAGUUCACUUCAUCAGGGUGAGAAGCAACGUCUGCCUAGUUUUUCCCCCUCCCCCAACAUUUAAUCAAAAUUUAAUGGAUAUAUUAUAUAAUAAUGUUGUAUUUAUGCGCUUUAUAAAUCAAUAAUAAAAACAUUUUGUAAUUAUUUAUUUAGCUAAAAAAAUUUUUCUGGGAUGGCUGUGAGUGAGUUUUCCCUCUUCAAAUAUUAAUAAUAAUCCAUUUGAAAAACCAAAUAUACAGGAUUUAUGCGCCCUAAUAUUCAAAUAAUUUUGAAUAAUUUUGCUACAAAAUUUCUUUAAAAUGAAAAAAAAUAAUAAACCAAUUGCAUAUGAUAAAUCUAUACGACUUAUACAUAUAUGCUUUUAAAUCAUUAAUGUUAUAUAUUCCGGCUUCAUGACUGUGUUUCAAGUCCGAUGAAUACUCGACGUGUAGCUUGAAUAAGUUGGCAAUUGUAAAAAUUAAAAAUUAUUAUUCGGCACUAGAAUCACUGUGAUUGACAUAGACCUGCUUAUUUUAUGAAUAAUAAAUCAAUUCAAAUUAACAUCAAACAUAAGAUUAGCAGACUUAUGUCUGUCGUAACAGUUCUUAUUAGGGUGAGUCAAAUGAAAACAAAACAGACUGUAUAACGUAACGUAUACAGUCUGUCUCGUUUUCAUUUGACUCACCCUAAUAGUACUUAAUAAUAAUUUUUACAAUCUCCAGCUUAUUCAAACUGCGUCUCGCAUAUUUAUCGAACUUGAAACAGUCAUCAAGCCAGAAUACGUAAUAUUGAUGUUGAAAAGUAUCUGUAAGAUCCCACUUCUUUGUAAAAUCUGUAAAGAAUUUAUUGCAGAAAUAGGGUAGACCGAGGCAAAUCGAAUCAUUAUAAGUUUUGAGAUUUUUAUCAUUAGUUUUUUAUUUCAUACCAUCAGUUUUAUCAUGCUGGUUACGCGCACUCCCUCUGCAGCAGAAACAACAGAAAAUUCUAUAUUGCGUGUAAUUCAGGUGACGGUCAAUUAGACGCUACAAAUGCUUCGAAACAUUUGAUUAACUAAUCAGGAUAAAGAAUUUUAUAAAUUGACCAAUCAAAAAAUACUUCAAAGCAUUUGUAGAAUCAACUUGAUGCAUCCUCAGCGUCAAUCGAUGAUACAAGCGCAAAAAUUUUGUCUCUCUACAAAAUUACGAUCCCAAUUUUAAAAGUUUGUAACGAAAAACGUUUAUGUAACAUAUUCCUACUGCUCAUUGCAAGAAGCAUCAUCCCACGUCUCGAUAUUCGAUAGUUGAAUUGGUAGGACAUCUACAAUGUAGAAAAAUCUAGAAUUGAAUCUUGACUGAGGUGUUAUUUUUUCUCAACAAAUUCUUUACAGCUUUUUUGGGGAGGAGGAAUCUUAUGCUUGUUCAGCAUUAAUAUUAUAUACACUGACUUUAUACAUACAUGCUACGGUUCACUUGACACUAAAAAUAAGAUUAUCAUAAAGCAACAGUUUCAAGUCCGACAAAUAUGCGGUGAACAGUUCGAAUAUGCUAGAGAUUGUAAAUUAAUUAUUAUUCAACACUAAGAAUUGCUGUGACUGAUAUAGGGCUGCCUAUGUGCCUGUUAAAUUAUAUUUGUUCUUAAAUCGUUAAAAAUUUCAAACUUACAUUAUUUAACUACAAUAUGUAAAAUAUAUUUUUGGUUUAUGCGCUACUAUUUCCAAGUAUUACUCUAAUUUCGAUUUUUGCGUUGCAACUCUUGAAAGGAUCCUAAAAUCAUCCUAUUUUAUUAACAUAUUAAACGCAAUAAUUUUGUGACAACUUUUCGCAAGUAUUACUUUUACAAAUUUUGAAAUUCUAUUUUUAAAUUAAGAUUUUGAAAUUCUAUUUUAAAAUUAUGAAUUAAUACAUGUCUGCAGUAUGAAGACUCUUUAUUCAGAGAACAAAAAAUUUUUUUAAUUCAAAUUUUUUUAUCAUUUUCUUAGAUGAAUAUGGCGUCUAAAGCUAUCAAGUCAUGACAGUGUAUGCUUGAUUUAAAAACUUUGCAGUACUCACCAAAUUGGAGUCUCCAGACACGUAGAUUACACGAAGAAACAACUUCAAGUUCUUAGAAUUAGACUUAGACACUUAAUUCAAUGCAAAAAGUUUAUACAAAAAUUUAUUCGUAUGUGUGCAUGUAAUAUUGAUGUAGUAGUAUGCAGUGAUAUAUUGUUGUUUCGUAAAUCUUACGUAAUUGUAUGUGUGUAAGUCGUUGUUCAAUCGGAAAAAUUCAUGAUUUUAAUAUUUCCAGACGAUGCUAGCGUCCGUAUUACCGACAAAAAUAUCAUUUUGUUAUUCUUUGUAUUGAUUUUACAGAAGUAUAAUUUAUUUUACAAAAUUAAAAUAUUCGUACUGAUGUAUACGGCUUUGAUCUAUUUUUUGUCAGAAAAUAGGAAAAAAAUGUUUAAUUACAGAUUUUUUUAUUAAUUUUACUCUUUAAUAUGGCGACCAAAAUCAUGAAUUCACCGACAUAUUUAUUUCGUAGAAAGGUUAUACAAGUUAAAUUAUUUGUGCGUAAUGAAGGCAGAGCUAGGUAGAAUAAAUGAAUAAAUAGUUAAAUUGUUAGAAUUAAAUUUAGCAAGUCUAAUUUAAGAGAAUAGAAUUUUUGACAAAUUGUGUAUAUAUGUACGUGAAAUCUCGAUGUAAGAGUCUGUUGAUGUUUCGUAAAUCGUAUGUAUAUAUUAUAAAUCGUAACGUGUGUAAGUGAAAUUAACGAUUCCAACAUUGCUACAAAAGAGAAAUCCUUUACGGAAUGUAACGCAAAAAUCAAAAUUACUCAAAUAUUAGAGAGAAUAAAUAAAGCAUAAAUAUAGCACAUAAUCUUGUGCGAGUUUUCGGAAUGGGUUGUUAUUAUUACAUGAAGAGAGGGGGCUCUCACGCUUCCCAAAAAAAAACUUUUUUUCUUGCUAAUUUAUAAAGUGCAGAAAUAGCGCAUUGUUAUAUAAUAUAUUCAUUGAAUAUUAGUUAAGUGGCGGGGGAGGGCACUUAGGCAGACAUUGUAAAGCAACCUGAUAUUGAGUUGCUCCCCUGAAUAUUUGUAAGUAUCGUUACAAAAAGUACCUGUCCAAGUAGAUUAUCUGUUUAUACGUAUACAUAUAUUCUUAAUAAUAUCUUGGCAGAUGCGUUGUGACACGAUUAUUGAGUUUUAAUAACUCGUGCUCAUGGAUUCACAAAAAAAGUAAAUAAAGGCUCUAAUAAAUAGACACAGUAGAAUUUCCUCUUACUGUCUGUGUUUUACAUCCAAUUGUCCUGCUGCAAAUUUCCAUAGGUAUCCCAUAUGGUAUCAUUGCGGUCCCAUGUAGGACCUAUGAAAAAAUGACCCAGGUGCCUUACAUUCCAAUGAGAAAUGACCUACAGAAUCGACGUCGAAACGAUACCAAUUUGAUGAUUUCAAUGUCAAAUCGAUAUCAAUUCGACAUCAAUUUCAUUAUCAUUUUUCACUUGGAUGGGAUCUACAUGGGAUUUUAUGUAGGAUCCUAUAUAGAUUGUAUAGGGCUAGGUUAUUUUCCCAUAGAUCACGUAUAGGAAUAUUCCUUUGGAAUUCGCGGUAGGGCGCCUAUUAUAAGAGCUAUUGUUGUGCUUUAUAAAAAUGAAAACCACAGACACAAUAAAUGGAACAAAACAAACACUUUAUAUAUUUUUCUUAUUAAAGCGAUGCUGGAACGGUCUCUAUACGAUUAUUUUUAGGACACUCCAAUCAUAUAAUUGACUUUACAGGUUAUAAAAUUCUUUUUUAUAAUUAAAAUAGUGAUAAACAAUAAAAAUGACAUACAACAAAAACGACAAUUUAAUACAAAAAAACAAAAGUAGAUUAAAAAAUUACCAUUUAAUUGUGAGUUUUUGCAGUCGACUCAUGACAACAUACGCCCUAUUUAAAAAUUUUAGACUUUGCACGUAUGAAACAAGUACAUUCCGGUAUGUGAAUUAGAUGAAAAAACAAUAUGGUGUUCGCAAAAUGAACCUAGAAGCUUUAAUAUGAAAGAGAACUUAACAAUUGUAAAUUUGUGUGAAAAAUUAGUAUGAAAAGCAGUAAUUAAUUGUGUUGAGAGAUCUUGCAUUAGAUAGCGCUGAAAUCGAA